ACUCAACCACGAGAAACUAAACGAAAGAAUUAUAAUGGCACCAUCAGCACACGUCGAUUCAACAACUCCAGCAGCACAAGACAACAUUGCCCAGCUCAAGCAACAAGCUAAGGGACACGUUGACGCUGUUGAGGAUUACAAUGGCAACUACAAGUUUGCUCCAAUUAAGGAGUAUGAGACUUCCAGAGCUAUGACUACACGUUACUUCAACGAUAUGUACGAAAGAGCUAUCAGUGACGUCUUGAUUAUUGGCGCUGGUUCUGCAGGUUUAUCCUGCGCAUUCACAAUCGCCACAGAGAGACCAGAUUUGAAGGUAACAAUUGUGGAAUCAGCAGUCGCACCAGGUGGUGGUGCCUGGCUUGGUGGACAACUUUUGUCUGCAAUGGUUGUCCGCAAACCAGGUCACAACUUCCUCGACAAAGUUGGUGUUCCAUAUGAGGAUGAAGGUCGUUACGUUGUCGUUAAGCACGCUGCUUUGCUUACUUCAACUUUGCUUGCUAAGACUUUGGCAUUACCAAAUGUCAAGCUUUUCAACGCUACUGCGUGCGAAGAUCUUAUUGUUAAGAAAGACUUUGAAGGCAAACAACGUGUCACUGGUAUAGUAUCAAACUGGACUUUGGUCUCACUUAACCACGACACUCAAUCCUGUAUGGAUCCAAACACUAUCACAGCACCAAUCACCAUCUCAUUCUGUGGUCAUGACGGUCCAUUCGGUGCUUUCUCUGUCAAGAGACUUGCUUCAGCUGGUUUCGUUGAACUUGGUGACAUGAGAGCACUCGAUAUGAACAAGUCAGAGGACCAAAUCGUCAACCAAACUAGAGAAGUCUUCCCUGGUUUGAUCGUUGGUGGUAUGGAACUCUCAGAAUUGGAUGGUGCACCACGUUGCGGUGCUUCAUUCGGCGGUAUGUUCGGUUCUGGUGUAAGAGCCGCAUACACCGCUAUCGAAUCACUCAAGUCAACUGAAAUUGUCGAAGGUGAAAUCACCGGCAGAGUCGCCGCUUAAGGUGUUUUUCUAUUAUGAUGUAUUAAAUUUUUGAAUGAGUUUAUUUGAAAGAAUGAAUGAAAAUUAUGCAAGGA